GGAUCCAUGGUGGGUCUGGGUUGGAUUGGACCCUAUAAAAUGCCGCAUCACUAAUCUCCAGAGUCCUCCCCUGCCUGCCCUCCUCGUCUAGCUGGUCCCUGCUGCAGCACUAAGCUUAGCUUAGCUUUGAGAGCUUCUCCAUUGUUUGCAGCACUGCUAAUAAAGUGCUGCCGCUCUUUUCUCUCCUCUCCUCUGCUCUCCUAGCUAUACGUUCUUUCUUCCUUACAGUACCCACUGCUGCUGUUCAGCUGAGCUAAUGCAGUGUUAAGCUCAGUUACUGUCGUCGGUUUCAGCAAAAGCCUCGCAGUGUACUUGCGCCUGAACCUGACGAGAAAGAGAGCGAGGUCAAAACAGAGGGGAACCAAAGCUCCAAGAAAGGGGAGGGACCUUCUUCGACCCGCUUCCAUCCAGCAUCUCGCUCGUCCGCCGCUCGAGGUCCUUCCUAAUCGGCGGCCAGCCAGCCAGCCGCAGCCGCCUCCUUUGGCAAGAAGGACACUAGUUCCACCUGUUUUCUUGCAAAAGAGCUUUUUUUUUUCUUCCAUCCCUCUCUUUUUCUUCCCCAUCGUUCGUGUGCUGCCCCCAAGAAGCCGGGAGCUAGCUAGCUAGCGAGCGGCCCACCGGCCGAGUUUGGAGCUAGCACGAGCAGGCUGCUGUAGGCGUUGGCAGCACGCUCUCUUUCUUUCCCUCUCGGCGGCAUGCCUUCGGCGGCAUUAAAUCUCGGCACGGCGGUCGAGGGCAGCUUCCAAGGCGCCGGCGGCGGCAUGGUGCCGUCCGCGCGCCUCCUCACCGCUAACGGCGGCGGCGCGCCGAGCCGUCGGGAGGAGACGGCCAACGGCGGAGGGCCUGGCUCUGACCUGGCCGCGCUCCGGCCCACCAAAAGGCCGCGCGGGAAAGCCCAGCUGGCCGGGAAGCCCAGGAGGCGGGCGCCGAUCUGGAACCUGCAGGCCGCCGUCUUCGUCUCUGUCGUCCUCAACGUCGGCCUCCUCCUCCAGCACCACGUCAACAGCACAGCUCCGUCGCACCACGACCACGACCACGGGCACCGGCAGGAGCACCAGGCCUGCCCGACGCAUCUAGACGGUGGCGGCGUCAGCCGCAGCAGUAGGGGGAGGCAGGAGGUGGAGGCGGCGGCGUCGGCGGCGUCCGUGCCCAAGGCCGCCGGGGCGCCGUCCACCGGCAAGCCGCCGGUGACGCCGGACUCGGUGAUCAACCUCGACCACGGCGACCCGACCAUGUUCGAGGAGUUCUGGCGGGGGACGGGGGCCGCCGCGGAGAUCGUGAUCCCGGGGUGGCAGACCAUGAGCUACUUCUCGGACGUGGGCAACGUGUGCUGGUUCCUGGAGCCCGGGCUGGACCACGAGGUGCGGCGGCUGCACCGCCUGGUCGGCAACGCCGCCGUGGACGACGGCUACCACGUCCUCGUCGGCACCGGCUCCACGCAGCUCUUCAUGGCCGCGCUCUACGCGCUGUCGCCGCCCGCCGCCGCGCCCAUGAGCGUCGUGUCCGCGGCGCCGUACUACUCGUCCUACCCGGCCGUGACGGACUUCCUCCAGUCGGGGCUGUUCCGGUGGGCCGGCGACGCCAGCUCGUUCACGGGCGACGCCUACAUCGAGCUGGUGUGCUCGCCGAACAACCCCGACGGCGCCAUCCGCGAGGCCGUCCUGCCCUCCGGCGGCUCCGGCGUAGCGGUCCACGACCUGGCCUACUACUGGCCGCAGUACACGGCCAUCACCAGACGGGCCGACCACGACAUCAUGCUCUUCACCGUGUCCAAGAGCACGGGCCACGCCGGCACGCGGAUCGGGUGGGCGCUGGUGAAGGACCGCGACGUCGCCAAGAGGAUGGCCAAGUUCAUCGAGCUCAACACGAUCGGGGUCUCCAAGGACUCGCAGCUGCGCGCCGCCAAGGUGCUCGGCGCGGUCUCCGACGCCUACGAGCUCCCGGAGGCGGCCCAGCACCGCCUGUUCGACUACGGGCGGCGCAAGAUGGUGGAGCGCUGGCGCGUGCUGCGCGAGGCGGCCGCCGCCUCGGGCGCCUUCAGCCUGCCCCACGAGACCUCGGCCUUCUGCAACUUCACCAAGGAAACGGCUGCCACUAACCCCGCGUUCGCGUGGCUGCGCUGCGACAGGGAGGACGUGGAGGACUGCGCGAGCUUCCUGCGCGGCCACGGGAUCCUGACGCGGAGCGGGAGCCAGUUCGGCGCGGACCCGAGGUACGUCCGGGUCAGCAUGCUCGACCGGGACGAUGCCUACGACAUCUUCGUCAAGCGCCUCUCCUCCCUGCACUGAACAGGCCGGGUCGGCUACACGCAUGCAUGGCAUGGAGAUGGGAGGAGGAUCGAUGCCAUGCCGCCCGGCCGGCGUCGGCAUUGCCGGUCCGUGGAACAGUGUGAGCAUGCGCCAUGAUCGAGUAGUAGAGGGCAGCAGUGUUGGUACUUGGUAGGAACAAGGGCAGGAGGAGCAACGCUUUGUUUUGCUCUUUUCUCCUCUAUAUGCUGUGUGUUGUUCGGGAUCCUUAUAAUGGUUUCAUUUUUUUCCC